AUGGCAGAGCCUUCGCUGCCCCUCUCCUUCCUCUGCCUCCUCGCCUUGUCCUCCGCCUGCUACAUCCAGAACUGCCCCCGGGGCGGCAAGCGGGCCCUGGCCGACACAGCCCUCCGACAGUGCAUGCCCUGCGGCCCCGGGAACAGAGGCAACUGCUUCGGCCCCGGCAUCUGCUGCGGCGCGGAGCUGGGCUGUUACCUGGGCACGGCAGAGACGCGGCGCUGCGCCGAGGAAGACUACUUGCCUUCACCCUGCCAGGCUGGCGGGCAGCCCUGCGGCUCCGGCGGCCGCUGCGCCGCGGCCGGCAUCUGCUGCACCGCCGAAACCUGCGCGAUGGACGCCGGCUGCCUGGACGAGGGCAGCGACGAGGCUCAGGAGACGGCGGAGAAGAACCUGACGGUGCUGGACGGCUCGGCUGGAGAUCUGCUCCUCAAGCUCAUGCACUUGGCGAACCGGCAGCAGCAGCAGCAGCAGCAGCAGGGCAAGCACCCCCUCCUCUGA